AUGAGUGAACCUGCUGAUCGAAGCCAAGCCACCGCAGAAGCCCUUACGUCGUGUCGUUGUGCCGUCGUGGUCAAUCUCUUCCCUUGCCACUUGCAGUUCGCACUCCCCCAGAACCGCGACUCGCAGAGACGUUUGAGCAGCUUGUUUGACAACUUGACUCCCGCCCAACGCGAAGCGGUCGAGCAUAUCGAGGGCCCGUUGUUGAUCCUCGCGGGGCCCGGCAGUGGGAAGACCCGCGUCGUUACGCAUCGCAUCGCCCACAUGAUCGAGCAGGGGAUCGAGCCGCGGAAUAUCCUCGCGCUCACCUUCACUAACAAAGCCGCCGACGAAAUGAAGAACCGCGUGGCGGCCCUCUCUGGGGGCGAGCCGGUGUGGAUCAGCACGUUCCACCGCUUCUGUGCCCGGCUGCUGCGGCGGUAUGCCAACCUUGUGGGGCUCGAGCCGGGUUAUUCGAUCUACGAUACAGGCGACAGCAAUCAAGCCCUCAAACGGGCCAUGUUCGAACUGCAGAUUUCGCCGACCCAUAUUUCGCCCGAGCGGUUGGCCUCGGAGAUCAGUUGGGCCAAGAACAACCUCAUCACCGCCGACAAGUACCAACCCCGCCGGGGAAGCGAAGCGGGCGAGAUCCUCGCCGGCGUUUACCCGGCCUAUCAGCAAAUCCUGCAACGGGCCAACGCCGUCGACUUCGACGACUUGCUACUCCACGUAGCCGUCCUCCUCCGCGAGAACGAACCACUUCGGGCCGAGCUCGACGAACGCUAUCGCUACGUGCUGGUCGACGAAUACCAGGAUACGAACCUCGCCCAAUACGCCAUCGCCAGGGCACUGUCGAUCAACUGCCCCAACCUCGCCGUGACGGGCGACCCCGAUCAAUCGAUCUACGGCUGGCGGGGUGCAAACCUCUCGAACAUUCUCGAAUUCGAGUCGGACUAUCCCGAGGUCACGGUUGUGUUCCUCGAGCAAAACUACCGCAGCUCGAAGGCCAUCCUCCGCACCGCCUCGCAGCUCAUCCAGCACAACCGCAAGCGCAAGCCGAAGCGGUUGCUCACCGACAACGACGAAGGCCGCCCCGUGGCCCUCUUCGCUUUCGGCACCCAUCGACGCGAAGCCGUAGCCAUCGCCAACCGCAUCGCCGAAGAGGUCGCCGCCGGCAACCGCCGCCCCCGCGACUUCGCCGUGUUCUACCGCACGAACGCACUCAGUCGCGCGUUCUACCAGCGGAAGGAAAUCAAAGACGUCUUGGCCUACCUCACGUUGCUACACAACCCCUGCGACGAUCAAGCCCUGCUGCGAAUCAUCAACACCCCCACCCGCGGCAUCGGCAAGAAGACAAUCGAGGCCAUUCAGAAAUACGCCUCCCGUCGCGGACUCACCAUGUUCGAGGCAGCCCGCCAGAGCGGGCUGAUCGAAUCGCUGGCCAAACGGGCCACGGUGGCGGUGGCCAAGUUCGUUUCGAUGGUCGACCGGCUUUCGCUCCUCGUCGACGAACCGGUCGAGCAAAUCCUGGGUCAUGUGCUCGAAGAGUCUGGGUAUCGCCGCUACUUGGCCGACUCCGACGAUCAAGACGACGAGGAGCGGCUGGCCAACAUCGAAGAACUGCUCACCGCCGCCCGCGAGUUCGACGAAGAGCACCCCGGCGAAGGCCAACUCGAAGAAUUCCUCGAAGGCGUUUGCCUGGUGAACGAGACCGACUCGUGGGACAUCGAGCAAGAUCGAGUCACGCUAAUGACGCUGCACGGUUCGAAGGGGCUCGAGUUUCCCGUGGUGUUCAUCGUCGCGCUCGAGCAGGGCAUCCUCCCCCACAGCCGCAGCACCGAAGACAGAGCCCAGGUCGAAGAAGAACGUCGCCUGCUGUUCGUCGGCAUCACUCGGGCACAAGAAGAACUGUAUCUCAGCCACGCCAAGCUUCGCGACUUCCGUGGCGAGCGAAAGAUGACCGUGCCCAGCGAGUUCCUCAUGGAACUCCCCCGAGACGAGAUGGAGAUGCUCGACGAAGAAACGCCGGUGCCUUCAUUCGAAGAACUAGGUCUCUCCGGCAGUCGCGGCAAGGAAGACAACGCCGAGUACUUCGAAGACGGCGACGUCGCGGCGGCCGACAUCUCGCAGUUGCCCGAGUACGCCCAGCCCAGCAAGCCAGCGUCGAAAGGCAAAAUGCCCGGCGGGCUAGCCGGCUUAACCACGGCGGCCGAUCUACGCUCCGGGAAGCGCACCAGCACCGGCGUCUCGCCCAAUGUGUUCGUGCAAGGAAUGCGGGUCGUGCAUCCCGACCGAGGCUCCGGCCAUAUUGUGGCCCUCGGCGGACAAGGUGAAUAUCGCAAAGCCACCGUUGAGUUCGACGAAGGCAAGGAACGAUUUGUGUAUAAGAAGAUUGCCCAACUGAAAGACGUUCAGAAAUUCCGCGACCGUCUCGCCGAACUGAAUCUCUCGUUGCCUGUUGACGACGAAGUGCUUUCGGCCGCAGCCGGUUCGCCGCUGGCCCAGCCGCUGAAGUUGGGCGAUCGCACCGUGGGCAAUCGCUGGUGUAUCCAUCCCAUGGAAGGCUGGGACGCCAACCCCGACGGCACCCCCUCGCCCCACACAUUGCGGCGUUGGAAGAACUUCGGCCUCAGCGGCGCCAAACUCAUUUGGGGAGGUGAAGCCGCCGCCGUACAGCCUGAUGGAAGGGCCAACCCCAAUCAAACUCAGGCCGUCGCCCACACCAGAGACGGUUUGCGACAACUCCUCGACGAACUCACCACCGCUCAUCAGCAGGCCUUUGGCACUACCGACGAUCUGCUGGUCGGCCUGCAACUCACGCACUCCGGCCGGUUCUCCCGCCCCAACACGAAGCAACUUGAACCUCGCAUCGCCUAUCACCAUCCACUGCUCGACGAGAAGUUCAACAUCGACCCAAACGAUACGUCGAUUGUGUGGACCGACGACGACCUCGAGCGACUCAUCGACAAUUACGUCGCUGCGGCCAGGCUCGCCCAAGAGGUUGGUUAUCACUUCGUCGAUGUGAAGUCGUGCCACGGCUAUCUCCUGCACGAGUUCCUCAGUGCCCGAGUUCGCCCCGGCCGCUUCGGCGGCGAUCUCGAAGGUCGCACCCGCAUGCUGCGAACCAUCAUCGGACGGAUUCAGGACGAAUGCCCAGGGCUGAUGGUCGGCGUCCGGCUCAGCGCUUUCGACACCGUGCCCUACCGAACCAGUCUCGAGGUGGGCGAACCGCUCGACUACGAGCAGCACCUGCCCUACGAGUACGGCUUCGGCCUCAACCCGGCCGACCCGUUUGAGAUCGAUCUCACUGAGACGAUCGCCUUGCUCGAGAUGCUCCGCGACUUGGGCGUGAUCGCGGUGAAUCUUUCCUGCGGGAGUCCCUAUUACAAUCCACACAUUCAGCGGCCGGCCAUCUUCCCGCCUUCCGACGGAUACCAACCGCCGGAAGACCCGUUGGUCGGUGUGGCUCGCCAGAUUGAAACGGUCCGCCGUUGCAAACAAGCCGUGCCCGAUCUCCCGAUGGUCGGCACCGGCUACAGCUACCUGCAAGACUAUCUCCCGCACGUCGCACAGGCCGCGGUGCGCGACGAUUGGGUCGACUCCGUCGGGCUGGGCCGCAUGGUGCUCUCCUACCCCGACCUCCCCGCCGACUCACUCGCCGGCCGCCCCCUCACCCGCAAACGCAUCUGCCGCACCUUCAGCGACUGCACCACCGCCCCCCGCAACGGCAUCAUCUCCGGCUGCUUCCCCCUAGACCCCUACUACAAAGAACUCCCCGAAGCCGAGCAAGUGAAAGCCGUGAAGCAGGAGUUGAAGGUGAAGUAG